CCGGCCGGCGGAGGGCCCCUGCUCACGGGCGGCGCGGCCGUGCACAUCUCCGCCGCGGGCGCUGCCAAGGCCACCCUCUACUGCCGCGUCUUCCUGCUGGACGGGACCGAAGUGAGCGUGGACCUGCCGAAACACGCCAAAGGCCAGGACCUGUUUGAUCAGAUCGUGUACCACUUGGACCUCGUGGAGACAGACUACUUCGGCCUCCAGUUCCUCGACUCUGCCCAGGUCGCGCACUGGCUGGAUCAUUCCAAACCCAUAAAAAAGCAGAUGAAAAUUGGACCUGCUUAUGCUUUGCACUUUCGAGUUAAAUAUUAUUCUUCAGAACCGAACAACCUUCGUGAAGAGUUUACAAGGUACCUGUUUGUUUUACAACUCAGGCAUGACAUUCUUUCAGGAAAAUUGAAAUGCCCAUAUGAGACGGCUGUGGAAUUAGCUGCUCUCUGUCUACAAGCAGAGCUUGGGGAAUGCGAGCUUCCAGAGCACACACCAGAGCUUGUGUCUGAGUUUCGGUUCAUUCCAAAUCAGACAGAAGCGAUGGAAUUUGAUAUCUUCCAGAGAUGGAAAGAGUGCAGGGGAAAGAGCCCUGCCCAGGCGGAACUGUCCUAUCUGAAUAAAGCGAAGUGGCUGGAAAUGUAUGGGGUAGACAUGCACGUUGUCAGGGGAAGAGAUGGCUGUGAAUAUUCUCUUGGACUGACCCCGACAGGCAUAUUAAUCUUUGAAGGAGCUAACAAAAUAGGCUUAUUCUUUUGGCCUAAAAUUACCAAAAUGGAUUUUAAAAAGAGCAAACUGACGCUGGUCGUGGUGGAGGACGACGACCAGGGCCGCGAGCAGGAGCACACGUUCGUGUUCCGCCUGGACAGCGCCAGGACCUGCAAGCACCUCUGGAAGUGCGCCGUCGAGCACCACGCCUUCUUCCGACUGCGGGCGCCGGGGCACAGCAAGUCCAACGGGUCAGACUUCAUCAGGCUGGGGUCCCGCUUCCGAUUCAGUGGGCGGACGGAAUAUCAGGCUACACACGGGGCCCGGCUACGAAGAACCAGCACCUUUGAGAGGAAGCCUAGUAAACGCUACCCAUCCCGGAGACAUUCAACAUUCAAAGCAAGCAACCCGGUGAUAGCAGCUCAGCUCUGCUCUAAAACAAACCCUGAAGUCCAUAAUUACCAGCCUAAGUACCAUCCCAGUAUCCACCCCAGCCAGCCCCGGUGGCACCCUCACUCUCCAAACGUAAGCUACCCGCUCCCUUCCCCAGGGCUCAGCAGCUCGGACCGGCUGCCUUUCGGCAUCGAGGAGAACGGGGGUAUGCCGUUCACUACCAAAGCUUCGGGGAGGCACCACCACCACCACCACCAGCACCAGCACCAGCACCAGCACCAGCACCAGCACCAGCACCAGCACCACUCCAACUAUGGCCUCUCGCUGACGCUGGAGAACAAGGAGGGGCCUUUGAGGUCCCCAAACUCCAGCAGUAAAUCCCUUACAAAACUGACUCCAGGAGCACCUGCCCUGUUCACCGAGGCGGCCACCCAUCUAAAGAAGCUGGAACUGGACACUGUGAAGGCUGCUGGACCCUGGCCUGCUCUGCACAUCAACAUCAAUAAGGUUGAGGAAAAAAAAGUGUCUGAGAAGACUCUUCAGACCCCACUCCUGCCUUCCCCGGUGGCCGAUCAUGUGAAGUGUAACAUUUUGAAAGCUCAGUUGGAGAACGCCUCCCGGGUGAGUGCACAGGCUGGAAAAGAGGAAUCGGCGUUUGUAAAUAAGAAAUCGAGCCUUCAGGACACGAGCGUAAGAAGUCCUGUUCCUACACGUGUGGAACCGACCCAGCCAGCAGUGGAAAAGCCGGAGAUCAAGCCCCCCCGAGUGAGGAAGUUAACCAGACAAUACAGUUUUGAUGAAGACGACCUCCCUCCGGAGCUGGCCGAGGCAGUCGGCGUGACCGCCACCACAGCCACCGCCACCGCCGCCACCACGGCCACCGCCACGCAGGUCUCGGCACCACUGGCGUCCCCCAAGGUCCACAAAGUCAGCUCGCCUCAGAAUUCAGAAGGCAACAGCCAGCUGUCCCCAGGGGCCAAGAGCCCCUCUGACCGAGGAGGUGCCUUCACCUUGGAGCCGGGCGAUCUCCUGAUGGAUUUCACAGAAGCCACUCCUCUGGCAGAGCCCGCCAGCGCCCCCCACUGUGCCCACUCUCGCAGCUCUCCUCCACUCUCUCUCCCCAUGAAGGAAGAGACCACUGGAGUUUGCAUGCACCCUCCAAUCAAAACGAGGCUGAUAAAAACAUUCCCAGUUGAUACAGUGACCCCGUUUCCCGAGCCUUUCAUUGCAGGGCCACAGUUUACCGCAGACUUUAGAGACAGUAAAUUACAGUGCUGCCCUGGCCAGUCUUCCCCGCUGAUCCCAGCAGUGACCCUGAGGCCUUUGACAGAGACCAUCUCCACAGUGCAGACCAUCUACACCACUCGGAAGCCUGUUUCUCUGGCAGCCAGUGCAGAGACGCUCCGGCAGGAACUGGAGAGAGAGAAAAUGAUGAAAAGACUGUUGAUGACCGAACUGUGAACUCUCCCCCUGUUGCCUGGAGGACGGCGUGGUGCCUUCUGUCAUUCUCCUUCUUCGGGCUUGUGUGCUCGCUCCAGCACAACAUGCAAAUGUGUGCUCUGU